GAGUCAGAGCAGUUCAUGUGGGGUCAAACCGCAUUCAUUCUAGUGUGGCCGAGGCACCCUUUUUCGGUCCUUUGGCUCUCUCUGAAUUGCCAGCAGUCCCUGCAGAGAAGGGCUUCCAGGGAGGAGCCUUGCAAGAGAGAGAGAGAGAAAGCAAGACAUGCUUUCCCUUUGCAGAGAGUGCCAGCACAUUCAGCUGCCAGGCCAGGAAGAGGAGGAGGAGGAAAGGAAGGCAGUGCUGGGGACAGAGGGUGGCUGCAGGCGGAGAUUUCACAUCCAGGUCAUAGAGAAAAUUGUGUGCCCGGCUGCUAUGACAUAGCAAUGACCUCCUCUUUGUGCAACAGAGAAGAUGCAGCAGAGCUUUGCAUUUUAACACUCGCAGAACUAGAUCUGAAAGAGCAACCUCCUUUCUCACCCAAAGACCACCUGAAGGCUGAAUUAGAUGCCAGCACCAGAAAGAAGUAUGCUUCUGCAAAGAGAAAGGCAUUUGCUCUCUUCGUUAAAGCCAAGGAGAUGGUUGCUGAAACUUGUUAUCCCAUGUCUGCUUGUCAAGGGGCGGUUUUCUGGAGAUGCUGCCAACAGACUUUCAAAGACCUGACUGGUAUCCACAGGCAUGUCGCUGCCCACCAUUCAGGAGACGUGGGGCAGGAAACGUUGGGGAUAUUAAAGCAGAUGGCAGCUGGCAGCAACAACAUCACAAGCAGCCCAGUGACUGUGGAUGAAAUGCCUCGGCCCAGCCGGCCUCUCUAUCGCAGCCAGGAGAUGUUUCAGACACUCCCAGAUACAAGCCACAUCAGUGCCGAUGAAAUGGCAAGUGAGGUUGGGCAAGUUCUGCUUUACUAUUGUUACUGCGAGGUGGCAGAUCCUGGGGGACUCUGCGCAUGGCAGAAGGCUUUAUGUCAACACCUGCAUCUCACUGGCAAGGUCCGAAUAGCUUCUGAAGGAAUUAAUGGCACAGUUGGUGGAAGUAAGGUAGCGACUAACCUUUAUAUGGAUGCAAUGCUAUCUCAUCCCCUUUUUAAAGACAUUUUGAAGAGGGAAGAUUUCAAGACCAGUAAAGGAGGUGCACACUGCUUCCCAGACCUUCGAAUUGGUGUCUUUGAAGAAAUAGUCCCCAUGGGUAUUAACCCGGAGAAAGUCUCUUACAAAGAAACUGGAAUUCGUUUGACUCCAAAGGAGUUUCAUGUAGAAGUAGAAAAAUACCUCUUUCAGGGUAACAAAGGCCAAGCAGACACUAUUUUGCUGGACUGCAGGAACUUCUAUGAAAGUAAAAUAGGACAUUUCCAGGGUUGCUUGGCUCCAGACAUCAGAAAAUUCAGCUAUUUUCCUAUCUAUGUAGAUGAGAACCUUGACCUUUUCAGGGGCAAGCGGGUCCUGAUGUACUGCACAGGAGGAAUCCGUUGUGAGCGAGGCUCAGCCUACCUCAGAUCUAAGGGUGUAUGUAAAGGUGUGUUCCAUCUCAGGGGUGGCAUCCACAAGUACCUGGAAGAAUUUCCUGACGGGUUCUACCGGGGGAAGCUCUUUGUCUUUGAUGAACGUUACACCAUCCCCUCCAAUGGUGGUACGAUUUCAGCUUGCCGUUACUGUGGGAUGCUUUGGGACCAAUAUCGACUGUGCUCAACCCAGCCCUGCCACCAACUUGUCCUGACCUGCACAGAUUGUCAGCUGAAAGGAUUCACCGCCUGCUGCCCACUGUGUCAGGAAAAAGGCCUUGCACUGGCUGCAACCUCUUCUGGACAAGGCUUCAAGGAAGAGUGUGAGUGCACGGGGACACGGCAACGAAUUCCUGUAGAGCGUGUUUAACGAAGAGCUUCAGAGCAAGAUUCCCUCUUUACAGAAUCCUCUUGGAGACCUCCAACUCCAAGAUACAAUUUAGUGAGAUUUGGGGCAACCACUUCCAUUAGGCUGCUUAACCAACUUCCAAUUCAGGCUGUAGUCAGGGCUUCCUUACAAAACUAACUUACUCUUAGAAGCAAAAUACUGGUAUAUGCAAAGCAAAAAAACAAAAAAAACAAAAUUAAAACUCUAAUGGUGCUAUACAACUCAUGUGAAAUGUUCACCCCUUUCCUUUCAACUUGACGUGGAGUCUGGGCAGUAAGACACACUACUGUUCCUUGUAGCAGGAAUAAUAACGCAAUAAAUUGUCAUAGUUUUCAGGAAAGGGAAGGGAGCGCAAAAAGGUUCAGAUAAACUGUCACUUGUAUGCACUUUGAGAAACCUCACUGGGCGUUUAUCAAAGUGAUCUGCCCGCAAGCUUUUCAAGUUUUUCCUAAUUGAAAUACAUCUUUUGGGAAGGCAACAAGUCUGGCUCUGAGCAUAGGUGGAAAAGAUCUACAAUUCCCACGAGUGUAGCAUUUGUUCACUUUCAUGAUCCACCAGCCUUGUUCCCAAAUGCUGGGAUGUCAGCAAAGGGUUUCUGCUUGGUAGGAUCAAUCAGAAAGGCCUCCAUGGGGACCGGGCAGCCCUUGCACUUUAGUGUAUGCUGGCACUGUGUAUGGCAGGGAAAAUAUAAAUACUUAUAACAGACCAUUCAGAGUCUGCUAAGUUUACACUAAUAGCAGUGCUGAACUUGAUCUUGAAAAAUAUAGGCCCAAGUAACGCUAGAUAUGUCUCUCACUCUCAGCAAUCCACCAGUAAAAGAGAGCAGUAAUAGUAACAAUAGUGACCUCAACUGUAGGGUUAUUGCGAUAUAAAACCAAUACAGGCUGUGAAGGGCUUCAUAUUGGAAAAGUGCUAUCUUAAAUACCAGUAGGUAGUGACAGCAAUCUUGCAAGAUGACCAGUGAAGAAAACUCUGCAUAUCUUCCAUUUAUGAGUCUGAUACCAGACUUAAAAUGGGUUUAAGAUUAGAGAUUUGGCAUCUCUUGUCAGUGUCCGAUCAGCAUGUUUUUCAUGGAAAGCCUUUUCAAGAAUGGAGCCUUUGGGGACAGAAAGAACGCUUUCUGUCCCCAAAGGAACUGCUUAGCCAAUCCUCUUGGUACAGGUGCCAAAUACUGGUUCUCUUCCCCUCUAUUCUUGCAGAAGUUUUGCAGAUUUAAAUACAAGCUCUCUGCCUCUGUUUUCUUCUGGAGUGCAGGCUACUUGAGAGAGAGUCCACUGGGCUUCUUAGGCCCAAUUGAGAUAGUCAACAUAGGACUCUUCCGCACAGCCAUAUAUCCCAGAAUAUCAAGGCAAAAAAUUAUAGAAUCAUAGAAUUGUAGAGUUGGAAGAGACUUCACGAGCCAUCCAGUCCAACCCCCUGCAAGAAGCAGGAAAAUUUCAUUCAAAGCACCCCUGACAGAUGGCCAUCCAGCCUCUGCUUAAAUCCCACAAUAUCUGCUUUGAACUUGGUUAUCUGAGUCCACACUGCCAUAUAUUCCAGUUCGAAGAAGAUACUGUGGGAUUUCCUUCCUUAAUAUUCAGUGUUAUAUGGCUGUGUGGAAGGGCUCACAGGUAUACAAAUAAAACAGACUCAAUGAUAAGGAGCAUUGUGGUGAGCCUUAGAAGGUAAUGUAUUUGUUUUGCAGAAAUAUAGGUUCCCAAUGUGGAGAAAUGUAGCUGGAUAGAAAUUGAUUUUCUUUCUCCUAUUUUUCCUCCUCACACGGUUCACAGUGUGUAGUAACACAUCUGGGCAUUUUUUCUCAGUUUCAAAAUCAUUUUAGGUAGAGGGGAUGGUGUGACAAAAGACACAACAGGGAGGAAAGUUUUUAAGAAGCGACUUUGAGUUGCUGCACUAAUAUCCCUCCCCCCCCCCCCCCCGCCCCCAAUUCUGUGGUAUACAGACAAACUCCUCUGAACUCUCUUUGCAGACCAACCCAGACAGUUCAAGUGUGCUGAGGCAGGCAGCUCUCUCCUUCCACCCCCAUCCUUGCUCACUACCUCUGGCAGUGGCAGCAGCCUAUUUGAGCAGAGGGUAGAGAAGGCAAGCUAAUGCCUUAAAGCAGUGGUUUUCAACCUGUGGGUCCCCAGAUGUUUUGGCCUUCAACUCCCAGAAAUCCUAACAGCUGGUAAACUGGCUGGGAUUUCUGUGAGUUGUGGGCCAAAACGCCUGGGGAUCCACAGGUUGAAAACCACUGCUUUAAGCCUUUAAAAAUGAAUGUCAAACUAACCUGAGUCCACAUCUUUACCCUUUUUUCCUACUAGCUCCUUGCUAGCAGCACAGCUUGCCACAAAAAAGGACCACAUUGGUAGCUAACCAUAUACCCCUUCUUCUCUUCCCAUUGCUCAUACUGCAUCAGUACACAUUUAGUAGCAAGGAACAGGCAGAGACCAUGUUCUAUUACUGUGAAAAAUAAUGGAUUCCGGACCUGAUCACUGCAGGCAAAAUGUCAAUCCUAUUCUAGUAUGUUACUGCAAAGGCUAGCUAGUUUCUUCCAAACCAGGGGCAUGACGUUCGAAUCACUGCAUUUCUGCUCUUUAGGGAAAGGAAACUGGCAUCUAUAGUCAGCCAAAAUAUGACUGAACUGAAUCUGGUGAGGUUGCAUUCAAACUGUCUCAACUGCACUAAAAAGUUAUAUAUCUUGAAGCUCUGAAAUGUCUAUAUAGUAGCCAUAAAUCACCUCUUCAAUUUUUUAUUUAUUAAGUUUAAGAUCGAAGAAUAUCCUAACAGGAGGCAGUCAAAUCUACUACCCUUUUGCCCAACUCUUACCAUAUGUGUGUUUGAAAUGAAAUAAGGAGACAAUUAAAAGCUGACUUUGCUCCCACAAAGCUGACUUUGCUCCCACUGACAUUGCUGAUAUAGAGGGAUUGCUGGAUUCCUCAUAAUUUUGGAUAAGGCCUUAUGGCUGUGCUUUAACCCUUGUCACAAUUAGAAGAGAUUGAUGCAAAAGAGUAAGGGCUAACAAAACAUAUCAUCAAAAAGAAAUCCCUUUUUUACUAAUAUAUAUAUAGAGAGAGAUUGCUCCAGAAAUCUGAUUUGUGUGGGAACAAAUCACGCACAACCCUGGGUGAAUGGGAGACUGUUUGAGGCUUUAGCUGAGGUGAGGUACUUCAACAAUACACUCCUAGGACUGCUCACUAUACACAGAGGUGGAUUAGUACUGUAAACAUACAAUCUAUGCAACUGUUUGUAUUGCUAAAUAUUGCACAAAUUCAUAAACUAAAUGCAAACAUUUUGAUUUUUGGCUCUCCGGCUGGGAGGAAAUUUUAAGCAGCAGCUAGCAGCAUGCUUUGCUUUGCUUUCCAUUAGAGGAUCUGGUGUUGGUUUUGUAUGAUGUAUCAACAGACACAUCAAAGUUCCAGCAAUAACGGCCUAGUAUUCAGAUUUCAUACAAGCUGAGGUUCUUACAAGUGACACUUUAUUGUGGCAUAAUUUACAAGCAGCACAACAUUAGAAGACUGGGCUCAACCCAAUUAGGCACUGCUGCAAAGCAAUCUCCAUUCCCUUUAACUGGCUGCCCAGUCCAAUGUUCAACAACAGCAUCCAAAGGCUUGCAUCCACUGGCUAUAAGGCAGGAUCUACUGAUGCCGUGAAAACGGAAAGAGAUCAGCAAAUCUUCCCCUUGAUGCCUAGCCUCCCUUCUUGGUGCUCUUCUGCUCUCCCUGUGUGAGAGAGGCAGAUCUGAGACAUGCCUGAUGGGACAGACAAUGCUGCAUUCAAACAUAUCCUAUCCUCCCUGAGAAAGACUAUCUUGUCCCACAGUAGCACAAUCUUGGAAAUCCAAGAUUGGCUGGAGGCAGCACAGGUUUGGAAUAUGACUCCAAAUGUGUUAGCUAGUGCGCACACAGUACAAUAGGACUCCCAUAUCAGUGGGACCGAUACAGUUUCACCUGAACAAAUCCAACAAAGUAUGCCCUUUGAGGAAUUUUCAAGCUCCGUCAGGCAGGUUUAUGGUAGACUUCCACUGGAAGUUACUAGAGAAUCGUAUGGCUUGUGUAAAAAUUUCCUAGAGGAUGCUUGGUUGGAUGCAGGUGGAUGAAACGGAGUCUCGGUCCAUGUGACUCUAUAAUAACUUCUGGCAGAAAAUGAUCAUUUCACUAGGGGUCACUGCUACCCAGUUUUCACAGUAAGGUCAAGAACAUAUUCUGCACAGAUAUGGGAUUCAUACUGUACAUCAUGCAAGAGGCCUUCAAAGAAGUGUGUGUUUGGCAGUAGUGGGGUCCUGUAACAGUAUGAGAACACUAUGUUGUUGAAGGCUUUCAUGGCUGGAAUCGCUGGGUUGCUGUGAAUUUUCUGGGCUGUAUGACCAUGUUCCAGAAACAUUCUCUCCCAAUGUUUGUCCCAAAUCUAUGGCAGGCAUUCUCAGAGGUUGUGAGGUAUAUCUGAAACUAGGAAACUAUAUCUGUGGAAUGUUCAGGGUGGGUGAAAGAACUCUUGUCUGAGGCAAGUGUGAAUGUUUCAGUCAGCCAGCUUGAUUAGCACUGAAUAGCCUUUCAGUUUCAAGAUCUGGCUGUUUGCUGUCCAGUGGAAUCCUUUGUUGAGAGGUGUUAACUGGCCCUGAUAGUUUCUUGUCUGGAAUUCCCCUGUCUUCUGGCGGUUGUUCUUUCAAUGGCUUUCAAUGCCCACGUCAAACUGCACAGAGAAGCCAUUGAAAUCCACAAGCAUGUGAACAAUUUCAACAAAAAUGAAGAAACAAUGAAAAUGAACAAAAUAUGGCUACCAGAUUUUUAAAAACCUCUAAAAUCAGGACAGUAAAUAAAGAACACCACUCAGAAGACAGGGUAAUUCCAGACAAGAAACAAUCAGGCCCAGCCAACACCUCCCAACAAAGGAUUCCCCCAGACAGGAAGCAACCAGGCUUUGAAGCUGCCAGGCUAUUCAAUGUUAAUCAAGCUGGCCGAUUGCAACAUUCACCCUUGCCUCAAGCAGACAAGAGUUCUUUCUCCCACCUUGAAUAUUCCACAGAUAUAUAAACCCUACUUGCCUCACAACACCUCACAACCUCUGAGGAUGCCUGCCAUAGAUGUGGGCGAAACGUCAGGAAAGAAUGCUUCUGGAACAUGGCCAUAUAGCCCAGAAAACUUACAGCAACCCAGUAUGAGAGAAUCUAGUCAACACUGAAAUAGGGGGGCCUAGAGGUGACUCUUGUCCAGACAUGGGGGCUGUAUGCCACUUCCUUCAGUGCAGGUAGAAUGGAGUGAGUCAAAGAGCCUCUACCCAUGGGAUACUAGCCAUCACUAGUUAAUCUAUUUGGAAAGCUAUAAAAAUAUUGACUCUUGAGAGUGAACAGAUAAAUAAAUAAAACAGUCAUCCACAACAAACCCAAGAGUAAAGGAACUAUAAAUUAUCUGGUGCAUAUUGUCAGAAGAUUUAAGAGAACAACAUCUGCAUGUGUUGUUGAAAGCUUUCAUAGCUGGAAUCACUGGGUUGCUGUGAGUUUUCCGGGCUGUAUAGCCAUGUUCCAGAAGCAUUCUCUCCUGCUGUUUCGCCCACAUCUAUGGCAGGCAUCAUCACAACCUCUGAGGAUGCCUGCUAUACACCUGGGGGAAACGUCAGGAGGGAAUGCUUCUGAAACACAACCAUAAAGCCUGGAAAACUCACAGCAACCCAACAUCUGCAUGUUCAUCUUUUAAAGCUCCUAAAUCAUUCAGUGAAAAAGAAAACGGGAAUUUCCUGUUCAUGUGGUUUUUCCCCUUCUUGUGAUGAUUGCUUAAGAAAAGAGUGGCCUUAACAUUCUUUCUAUUGCUUGGGUGUGCAGGUGCUCUAGUAACAGCAGAUGCUUUUACAACGGGACUGUAACUUACAGCUGUGUGUCUUACUAGCUGAUUGAAGUUCACUAAUUCUUAAAUUAAUGAUGUACUCUGGGAUGAUAGAAAUGCUGUCAGACUCAUAGCUUCUUUCAAAUUCUUGCCAUUAAGUCGAAAAAAUAAAGUAUAUUUUUAAAACA